GUGAACGCACUGACACAGUGACACAUACACACUCGCGCCUAUGUGUGUGUGUGUGUGUGUGUGUGUGUGAGAGAGAGAGAGAGAGAGAGACAGAGAGAGAGAGAGAGAGAGAGAGAGAAAGGUGGGUUGUGUUUGUCAAGAAGCUGGAGCGGAGUAGGGGGCGCAAUGGUUGCGCAAAGGCUGGGAAGGGAGAGAUUGGGAAGGAUGGUUGUGUGUAUGGUUCUGGCGAUGGCGGUUGUUGUUGAUAUGCUGGCCAGCGAGUUGAGUGUUGUUGUUCUUUUCGUGGAGGGUAAUACUGCUCAGCACCGUUUUCAUUUGGGCCCUUCAGAAUGUAAUCCUGACAUCAUGACGGUAGUGAACGCGCCAUUUGUGGCGGGAAGGGUGACGAUCGAUGGAUUGGGUAAUGAUUGGGAAGGACUUCCCGCGCAAAAAAUGGAGCUGAUGCCCGCCACCACUCUGACCUACGGCGACGUCGAGAAACACAUGCCGGCCACAUUAAUCAUCAAAGGUGCGCAUGAUGGGCAGAAUCUGUACAUGCUGAUGUCUUUGCCAGGGAAGUAUGUCUUCAACUCCAGUGAUAACCACCUGUGCCCCUCGGUUGCGCUCAUGUUCGCCAUUGGGAGUAGGGCGACAUUCAAGUCACCUUGCAGGGAUGUGGUGGAUAUCAUGACCAAUAUUCUUCACUGCGUCACUGCGUCCUGGCUGUUGUGGUUAAGAGAAGACUUGGCUUUUGAGGCUGAGGUGGCCGGUUCGAAUCCGUGCUUGCACGGAGGAGAGCCUAGGGCCCAGAUGUAUGGAUCCUUAACUACUGUGCUAUGAGCGCCCCCUGCCGUAGCUGCUCUUCUGUCUUGAAAUGCUCUAUUAAAGCCAUCCGUGUGUGGGGGGGUUAGCUCCCUCCCUGCUUAAUUUUGCUGCCCCAUUC